AGCACUGCUCCAUCAAGCGUAGCAUCCUCGGGAGUCUCGCUGCGGUUUUAUGGAUCAAGAUGAGGCUAUUAAAAACGUUUCAUUUCAGUCGGACAAGACUCGUCGAGGAAUCCUGCUAUCUUAUUGGAUAGUUGUGUUAUUGGCUAUUCCGUUGUGGUGGACGACAACUAGCAUUACACGCCUUCCUUUGCCUGAGGGACGCGUCAGGAGUCUCAAGUCGAAGCAACUCAAGUACGAAUUGUGUGCAUCCUUAGACGAUGACUUGCCGAAACCCAUAGCGACAUCCGUGAAAGAGUCGUUAAGAACUCGUAUCCAUGAGCUGGGGCUCAACGAUACAGUGUCUGUGGAUAUUCUGUCGGGUACGCCAGACGAGCCGCCGGAGUACGCCGUGGCGAUCGAUACCGAGGAAGUCGAAGCACGUACCGUCGGAAGAAAAUUGGUAGUAGGCACGAAGUCUAUGCCUUCUGGUAAUGUAUCCAGUACCAUUUCUAAUAUACUUGAAAAGCUAUGGCUUUCAAGUUUUGGUGCAAACCAACAGACUGUACAAUAUUCGCCACGAUAUCGGUUGGCGUUUAGCCUGAUGAAUGAAGAUGCAGCUGCAGGGGAUUGCCCCCCGAGUUGGGAUGUGAAAACCGCGAUUGCCCGACAAAUACAGCCUGUACUGCGGAGGCUAUCGACACUUCAUAAUUUCACUAUAGAAAGUCAAGUACAAUUUUUUGCACCACUGGCUUUUGAGCCCGUCCAGCUAAACGGUGGAAGCUUCGGAUUAACUCAGGAGCAGCUGUCUGUGUUCGUAAAUUCGGCAGAAUGGACACUGUCAUCGAGCGUAUCAAAUGAUCCCGUUCUGCACUUCGUUAUCUUUGUCCCUUCUGCGAGUAGGAGGCCUUUACGAAUUUUGGAUGAUGAAGGUUCACCAACAGAAUCAAAUGCAUUUGUUAUCCCGCAGUGGGGUAGCAUAUUCAUUCACAACCCAAGUUCACCCUCCUCUGAGUCACAUUUAUCACCAAGGGAGUUGUAUCCAGCGUUUUCGGUGUUCCGCGCUCAACUAUUGUCCUUACUCGGAGUCGCGCCCCUUCCCCCUAGCGUCAAGUCAGGCGAGACAGUAUCGGACUGGCAACUAGAUGCACUACUUAGACGUCGCGCAUACGAGAAUGCCGAAGGAAGCAAAGACACUCUUGCAAGCAUCGUAAGUCUGGUGCAUCAAAUAGAGGGCAUGCCAGUUGGUAAGGACGUGACCGAAGAUGUCGGCGGGGCACUUGACGCACUUGACCUGAUGUACUCGGUAGUACGCGACUCGCCACAGCUUACGCUGCAAUAUUCCGCGAAGGCCCUUACUCGUGCAUCACGCGCUUUCUUCAACCCAGGAAUGCUUGCUUUGCUCUAUUUCCCACCCGAGCACAACCUCGCGGUGUAUACACCCCUCCUAGCUCCCGUAGCUGUGCCUCUCCUCGCCGCUGUAAUGAGAGAAGCAAUAAGGUGGCGAAGAAGUCGAUGA